CUCAAGCUCUCUCAGACCAUCAGAACCUCACUCGCAGCACCGUCCUGACCUCAAGGGGCACGUCUCCGAUAUCAAUGACAUUCCAUUGAGAUUUCAAAUCACGCCUAUCACGAACCCUACACCAAUAUACAACAUCGCGGGCUUGUUUAUUCAAUAAGUUCCAUUGACCUCGGUCUUAGUCGCAUCAGAUCAACACAGUCACUACAUCUGCCCAAACAGCGCGUCAAUCGCGUUUCGGCGUCCCCCAGAUCUCGAGCUCCUCCGGCGCAUAUACCAUCAACCCGAUUUUAAGAACAAAAAUGGCAUCGAAUGACCCCACCAACCCGCCAGUUGCGUCUGGCAGCGGCAGCAACCCUAGCUCCGACUCUCCUCCCAAAUAUGUUCCUCAGUUCUCUGCUGCGACCGAAAUGAUUCUCAAGCGCAUCAAUUCGGGAGCUACCUCUUCCCUAUCUUCCAUUGGCAUUACCGGCACUCCACCUGGCUAUGAGGACAUGAAGCGCAACGUCCUCCAGGGCAUGAAGACAUCCAUGAACAUGGAGCUCCCAUUCAUUCCUCCGGUCACCGGUCGUCGAAAGCCCUUCCAAACUGGCACUGCUAAAGAGCGCAUACCAAUUCCAAGAAAGAAGGCGGGGCGUCCCUCUGCUACUCCAACUGGGACUCCAGGUGGGUCUGUUAUUGAAGGAAAGAAGCCAACACCGAAAGGCCGUGCAGGGGGAAAGAGGAAGCGGGCUCAAGAGUCGGAGAGUAGCGAGGAGUCGGAUGGCAACAUGUCGAAGCUUGGAGGAGACUCGGACUCAGAUGAUGAGGAGGAUGGUAUUCCGGACUUGCCAAAGAUAACACAAUCCGGACGACAAGUCAAUAAACCAGCGCAAUUCACUCCGGCCAGUUAUGAGACACCAAAUAAGAGAAGAGGACCGUCUAGACGUGCCCAGGAACAAGCGCUGUGCAAGAAGUGUCAGCGAGGUCAUAGUCCACAGAACAACAUGAUUGUCUUCUGUGAUGGAUGUAACCUGGGCUGGCAUCAACAAUGUCACGAUCCAGUUGUGUCGGAAGAGGUGGUCAAGGAUGAAACUUCACCAUGGUUUUGUGUAGACUGUAGCCGAAAGAGGGGCAUCAAGUCUGGGUAUGAGACUACGGCUGGAGUUAGCUGGCAAGGACGAAGUUCCGAAGAGAAAAGAGCCUACCUGAACUCGCUUCCUCAACCCCAGCUGGUCAAUCUCCUCUUGCAGGCGACAAUCCUCCAUCCUAACCUACCAAUCUUUCCACCUACCCCAUCCGGACAAUUGAGCCAAGCACAAGCAUACGUUCCUGCUCCUCCACGCCCGAAUACCAAUCAGCCAGGACGCACAAACACGCAAGCUCAAGUACCCUUUCCCCCAUCAGCCACUGCCGCCGCAGGGCUUUUUAAGCGUGCCGAAGCCAAUCCCAGCGCCCCCAUCAACUUCAUUCGUAAGAUCAAUCCUGGUCAACCAGGGGCAACGUCUACGCCCACGCCUCCAGCAACCGCCAAUCCAUCCUUCACUCACGCUUCCUCAGCACCACCUCAGCUCGCUGUCCAAGCCACUGAUCUGACAAACGAGAAUUCUGAGAGCAGAGAGAGCACACCUGCCAGUCCUCCUUAUCCCAAAGCCGGUAAUGGUCUAAUGGCCAAGCUGGGACCAGACGACGAGGAUCUCGAUUGGUUGGUUGACAACAGUGAUUUCGAUAGCUUUAGUCAUGUGGUCUACGACGAGCGAGGUGAGAAGAUGGAGGAGAAUGGUGUCUCUGUCAAUGGAUCACUUCUUUCAUAGCCGACUUGUCAGUCCUGUUACUGAGUGGUAAUAAUGUGGCAUUUCUUCGUAAGAAGGGUCGUUCUCUGCAUUGGCGUUGGAGUUAGCGGGGAGGGAAUGCUUCGCCCUCUUCUGCACUGCAUCUUGAAGUGUUCUUUAUUGUCAGAGUUUCUGCAGACGUUCCAUUCCCUUGAUAUCACGCAUAUACUGGAAUCGAUCCAUUUUCUUCAUUGAGUUGGAGGAAAUUGACGAUAGGAGGAGGCAUAAUUGACUCUGGCAUCCUCGGAUGUCCAAUAAUUGUCACUGGGAUUCACAUUCACUCUCUCUAUUCCAGGGAGACCUUGUUGUGUCAUUCUGAGGUGUGUUUGUUGUUGAGCUAUAGGGAGAUAUAAUACUAGGUCAGCAAGCUGCUGAUAGAUAGCUACCAAAUACCAAUUUCUCAAACUUCAAAGUACUUGUGUUUUCGACAGUUUUAUCUCGCUAAAACACAGCCAAAACCCACUCCUUUG